GUAUCCGUAGAAAUGUCUAUUCGUGCUUGCCGUAGUUUUUCUUUUUGAAUGUUUGGCACCACCAGUGCACUUAAAUCAGCAUAAUAAAAUACAGACCGGUUUGGUUUUAAUCCUCAUUAAUUCUCCACUAUGAACGUCCAACCUUCAAACCCCAAUAAUCCCGUUGUGUUUUUUGAUGUGACGAUCGGAGGACAGGAUGUAGGAAGAAUGAAGAUUGAGCUGUUUGCAGAUGUUGUUCCUAAGACUGCUGAGAAUUUUCGGCAGUUCUGCACAGGGGAAUUCAGGAAAGACGGCGUCCCGAUUGGAUACAAAGGAUGCACGUUCCAUAGGGUGAUUAAAGACUUCAUGAUUCAAGGUGGUGACUUUGUAAAUGGAGACGGCACAGGCAUCUGCAGCAUCUACAGAGGUCCAUUCGCAGAUGAAAACUUCAAACUAAAGCAUUCUGCUCCAGGCCUGCUGUCUUUGGCAAAUAGUGGCCCAGGAACAAAUGGUUGCCAGUUUUUCAUCACCUGCACAAAAUGUGACUGGUUAGACGGGAAGCAUGUAGUGUUUGGCAAAGUUGUGGAUGGUUUGCUCAUCAUGAGAAAAAUUGAGAACGUGCCUACAGGACCAAACAACAAACCCAAACUACCCAUCGUCAUCACCCAGUGUGGAGAAAUGUGAUUUUUGUUUCUAUCUUUCUUUACAAACAGCAAAUUUUUGUCGUCUACAUCACCACGUUGCUGUGUUGUAGCAUCUUCGUCACAAAUUCCAACACAAAUACCUGUGAUGUCCUACCUAUACAUUUAUAAAUCUGAUACAAAACCAUGGCAAGAUAAAUACAGAAGACAAGUGUGUCCUGUUCUUCUUCAGGCAUAGGAAGAAUACUUUCAUUGUCCACUUUUGGAUCGUUUUACAGUUAACUAUUCACAAUGUUGUCUGACCGCAUUCUCUGCCAAGUAUCCUGAAUAAAUUUCAGCUUUCUUUUUGUAA